AUGGAGUACACGUCGUCCCCGAAACCGCAGCUCUCAUCCCGGGCAAAUGCUUUCUCCAUAGCCGCCCUGAUGUCCAGUGGGAAACCCAAUAAGGACAAAGAGACGGAGGAGAACACCAUCAAGCCUCUCGAACAAUUUGUGGAGAAGUCCUCCUGCAACCAGCAGGCUCUGGCGGACCUGUCCUCCCUGGACGGGCACGGGGACUUCAGCGGGAGCGCGCCCUCGGUGUGCACGGAGCCGCUCAUCCCCACCAAUCCCGGCAUCCCCAGCGAGGAGAUGGCGAAGAUCUCGUGCAGCUUGGAGACCAAAGAGCUGUGGGACAAGUUUCACGAGCUGGGCACCGAGAUGAUCAUCACCAAGUCUGGAAGGAGGAUGUUCCCCACCAUCCGGGUCUCUUUCUCCGGAGUGGACCAGGACUCCAAGUACAUCGUGCUGAUGGACAUCGUCCCGGUGGAUAAUAAGCGGUACCGGUACGCCUAUCACCGCUCCUCCUGGCUGGUGGCCGGCAAGGCCGACCCUCCUCUGCCCGCCAGGUUGUAUGUCCACCCGGACUCUCCGUUCACUGGAGAGCAGCUGAUGAAGCAAAUGGUUUCCUUCGAGAAAGUCAAACUGACAAACAACGAACUGGACCAACACGGACAUAUCAUUCUCAACUCCAUGCACAAAUACCAGCCACGGGUCCACAUCAUCAAGAAGAAAGACCACACCGCCUCGCUGCUCAACCUCAAGUCUGAGGAGUUCCGCACCUUUGUCUUCAUUGAGACCGUCUUCACCGCCGUCACGGCCUAUCAGAACCAGCUGAUCACCAAACUGAAGAUCGACAGCAACCCGUUCGCCAAAGGUUUCCGGGACUCGUCGCGGCUGACGGACAUGGAGAGGGAAAGUGUUGAGAAUCUGAUUCACAAGCACUCGUACGCCCGGUCGCCGAUCCGAACCUACGCCGGCGACGAGGAGAACCUGAGCGAGGACGGACACUCUGCACACACCAGAGGCUCAGCGUUCACCGCCUCUGACAACCUCUCCCUGAGCUCCUGGGUCACCACCACCUCCGGCUUCUCGGGCUUCCAGCACCCGCAGUCCCUGUCGGCCAUGGGCACGAGCACCGCCUCCCUGCCCCACCCCAUCCAGGGCUCCCUGCCUCCCUACAGCCGACUGGGCAUGCCGCUGACCCCCACCGCUCUGGCAGGAACCAUGCAGGGCAGCGGGCCGUCCUUCCCUUCCUUCCACAUGCCCCGCUACCACCACUACUUCCAGCAGGGGCCCUAUGCCGCCAUCCAGGGACUCCGCCACUCCUCCACGGUCAUGACGCCUUUUGUAUGA